AACAACUACCAGAAAUAUAUAUGUAACAAAUUAACUAUUAAAACACGUUUAUUGAGAAAUUUCAAUAUCUACAGAAAUGACUAGCAUACAAUGGCCACUAUGUCAAUGGGAAGCAUUACAAGCGCAAAAAAGAUCAAAAUGGCUAGAACCUCAAGCCGCGGGUUUAAAGACCCCAACCACUUAGCCAGUGCGUUUUCAUCCUUAAAUGAUAUGAGAAGUGGCCAGUGCAACAGAGAUUCCCUGUCAUAAAGUAGUCCUGUGUGCCUGCAGCCAGUAUUUCUACGCCAUGUUCACUGGCAAUAUGGCUGAGGCCAAAGCCAACCACAUCGAAUUGAAAGAUAUAGACCCUUUAGCACUGGUGCUAUUGAUAGAAUUUGUAUACACAUCAGAAAUACAGGUUACCGAAGAAAAUGUGCAGGGAGCUGAUCCAGUAUCAUUGCCGGUGGAAAGUGUGUGCAAGCUUAUCUGUAGUGACCAACUUGCAGUCAUCUCCGAAGAACAGGUAUUGGAGGCGGUAUUGUCUUGGGUGAACCAUGACCGCAGCAGCCGACAGGAAGUGAUCUCGCAACUCAUGGAAAACGUGCAUCUGCCCCUAAUGUCGCAGGAGUAUCUCAUGCAGCGGGUUGAAGAGGAGCCCCUCAUGAAGGCAAACUGUUGCUGUAAGGACUUCCUAUUUGAGGCAAUGAAGUUCCAUUUGCUGAAGGGGGAACAGAAGGCGAUAUUCAAGACACCCCGGACCAUACCAAGAACUCCUCGUAAGGUGAUUCUUGUGAUAGGAGGAGAUAAGGGGAGAGAAGUAUUCAGCAGCGUGGAUUGCUUUGAUAUCAAGGGAGACCGCUGGCACCAGCAGCUGGCAGUAUUUCCGUCGAAGAGAAGUAGAUGUGGUGUUGCUGUUGUCAAUGGUAUGGUGUAUGUGGUCGGUGGUUUAGAUGAGCGCUUGCGUACACUGUCUACAGUGGUCAUGUACGACCCCUCAAAGGACCUCUGGACAAGCUGCCCUGAAAUGAAGAAACGUCGCGAAUUUCUGGGGGUCACUGUGCUCAAUUACCUCAUAUAUGCUGUUGGGGAUCUAAUGGCUCUUCGGAUGAGGCUUUCAAAUCUGCUGAGUGUUUUGAUGUUCAGAUGAGAAAGUGGCGUCCAAUUGCCGACAUGAGCACCAAGAGGCAUUUUGUGGGGGUGGGAGUCCUCAACGGUACAUACUACACAUAGCACAGG